AUGGCGGAAAGUAGUAAUAAAAUUUCAGCUAAAAUCAGCUCCGGCGAUGCUGUUCCUGGGCGCAAAGAACAAAUAUUAUGUCAGCCAUGUUCAAGAAAGGAUUUACAAACAACUGCUGAUGUGUUUUGUUCAGAAUGUGACGAAUUUCAGUGCAAUGACUGUUCAAAGGCACAUACAGUUUAUAUGUUUAUGAACAGUCACACAUUAGUGAAUGCGACAGAAGUAAAACCGAAACCAUCUUCUUUUGAUAUGAAAGGAAUGGACAUUUGUGAACAGCAUGGAAAAUUACUGGAACUUUUCUGUGAAGACGAGAUCGAGCUCUGUUGCAGUGCAUGUGCCAUAGUGGAUCACCGGAAAUGUCAUAGCGUCGUAGAAAUACUAAAGAUUGCCGGGAAGUCGCGUUCUGCUGGUUCCCAGUUAAAGACAAAAUUGGAAGAAGUAAAAUCAAAGGCGGAGAUGAUUGUUAAACACACUGAAUCAUCGAAAGAACACGUCACUAAAGAUAUCAAAGUAAUAUUUGUGGAAAUUAAAAGAAUGCGAGGUGACAUGAAUAAAAUGUUCGACGACUUGGAAGUUUUCGUUACCAGGAAAACUGACGCAUUUCAGGCUGAAGUAGCUAAUAAACUGGCAAAGAAACGAUCCAGUGGUGAGAAGCAUAUCGCUGAUGUUACAAAGUCACUGGAAAUUGUUGAUACAGCUUUGGAGAAUGGGACGCCAUCACAGAAAUUUAUUGUAGAAAAGAAGUUGAAAAGACAGGCCAAUGAACUUUACAGGGACGUAGACAAUGAAUGUCAAAAUUUAGAGAUUGCUACCGCCUUCUUUAAAUUUGAUGAAACAUUAAAGUUGCCACUACUUCCUAUUUCUGCAUGCGUUCCAGGAAAGCUAACCUUAAAAUACACCCUGCCUGAAGCAAAGAAAUAUGUCGCACCUGUAGAUCCGAUUGUUAAAUUAACGAAGAUUACUUCAAUUAAAUUGAAGAAGACUGGAGAUGAUGUCAAGGAACCGUUAUACACAGGACUGGAUUUCCUGCCGGAUGGCAGACUGUUUGCCGUGGAUAAUCUCAACAAGAAAUGUUUGAUUUACAAUGAGGAGCUUGAGAAAGUAGGAUCAUAUCAGUUAUCGUAUCAUCCACAGAGUGUUGUUGCCAUAUCUGAGGCCGAAUUAGCGAUAACAAGUAAAAAUCCUUGCAAGAUAGAAUUUCUACGUGUCAGUAAAACUAAUGAAAUAACUUUGAUUAGGACAUGUAAAGUAACGACAAAUUAUGACUCUAUAUGUCUGAAAGAUGAAAGCUACUUUGUUGUUGGAACUGUUGAUGAUACAAGACCUGUUCGUAUUGUAUCAAUGUCAGGAGAAGAGAAAGAUUUCAGCGUCAGAUUUCCCAAUAAGAAAUAUUCUAAUGACACUAGUGCGUGCAACUAUAUAAGUAAUACUGAAAAGUUGAUACUAGCCGAUAAGCUAGAGCAUACUGUUUAUAUAUAUGACGUUGCGACCAACACCAGAGUUGUUGUCAAGGACGACCAGAUCAAAGAACCACGUGGUGUAGCAGUAGGUCCAUCCGACUGUAUCCUGGUUUGCAGUAUGAGAACAAAUUCUAUUGUACAGAUUUCUGAAACAUAUCGGAUCUUGUCAUCGUUUAAGUUGGAUAUGAAAUGGCCAUACAGAGUCUGUGUUUCAAAGGAUCAAUCUAUUCUUGCUGUCACAAAUUGCUGUGGUGGUAAAAUGAAGUUAGAGUUGUUUAAACUCACCUAUUGA